AUACUUUAAUAGUGACAGUGGUAAAUAAAAGCAGAUGUAUUUCUUUAUUAAUGAAGUUUAUUAACACAUGUGGGUGAGGUAUAACAUGCUAACCAGUGUGAACAAAGAAACUGCUUUUGGAUAUUUAUAUGAUAUGCAAUGAAUGCUUCGAAAUUAACAUGCAAACCAAAACAAGUAUGAAUACAGUAUAUUUUAUUCUGGUGAGUAUGGGAGCAGAAUUUGUACUUUUUCUCAAUUAGGGUACAAUGGUGCUAAAGAUCCCGUGGGGUAAAAGACACAUUUGAUUUGAUUUUCUCACAAACCACGAAACAGCACUUUCUUAAACACCUGUUUGUCACAAACACUUAUGGAAACCCGUUUUAUCCAUGGUUUAUCUCUUCUUUCUGUUCAUGAAAUACAGACAUACUGAGUACAAAUCAUGAAUAUUUACUUUAUAACUCCCGCUUCAGUUCAACAGAAUACAUCUGAAUAAAACACAUUCACCCAUUACAACUGUUUAAUACACAAACAUUUACAUUUAGCAGAUAUUUUAUCUGACUUAUGAGGAAAAACAAUAUAAAUUCUGAUCAUAUUUCAAUUUAAAGCUUAACCAUAAAUCUAGACAAUAAAUGUUAAAUCUAAAGAUGGAAAUAAUAUUCAAAUCACUUAAUAACUUUAGCUGAUGUUAUCACUGCUGUGUGCUUUAAUAAUUACAUUUAUAUUUGACAACGACUUGAAACACGGUCAUUAAAUCAUAAUUCAGUUUAAUGUAGUUGAGCUGAUGUCCUGCAGGCGAAUGACAACACUGAACACAACCAACUGAAACAUAAUAAACAUACUGUAUUAUUAUUAUCUUUAUUUAUAUAAAAGAUAUAUAAAGUGUUUGUUGUGUGUCACUCUGGGAGCUUCUCGUGUAAAUAAUGUCAGAUUUGAGUUUUUAAAUGAAUAAUGAGAUGAAAUGAUGAAGAUCAGAAGACAUGAGACAAUUGUUUGUGUAUCCAGUGAAAUUAGAAACCAGCUAAUGUACAUUACCAGCGGUGUGUGUGUGUGUGUGUGUGUGUGUGUGUGUGAGUGGCUGCUAGGUCAUUUAGCGAUCUUAGUACCUCAUUGAUCUGGGCCACAAUACUUCCUUUGUUAUUGGAUCUAUGAGACUUGUGUGUGUUUUAAUGGUAUCUGGGGCUUUUAUUUUGAAGUGUUGUUGUGACGCAUCCGGGGCUCUUAUUUUGACGGGUUGUUUUCGGAGCUCGUGGCCCGUCACUGCAGUGCAGCGCUCAGUUCAUCGCGAAUCUUUACAAAUCAAAUCAAAUAAUCAAAUCAUUAAAUCACUGAUCGAUAUUACAGCAGUAAUGCGCGUGCAUCAGUGUGUUAGUGUACUUUAAACACAUCUGCAGUUUCAUUUAGUGUGUGUCAGUGGGUCACGUGAUGGCGUCGGGUUCGGAGGCGGUCCACUACAUCCACCUUCAUAACUCCAGUCAGUCGGUACUGGAAGCGUUGAGAUCUCAGCGACGCAAAGGUCUGUUCUGUGACGUCACCGUGCGCAUCCAUGACGCGUCGCUGCGGGCGCAUGCCUGCGUGUUGGCGGCGGGCAGCCCGUUCUUCCAGGACAAGCUGCUGCUGGGUCACUCGGAGAUCUCGGUGCCGCCGCUAGUUCCGGCUGAGACGGUGAAGCAGCUGGUGGACUUCAUGUACAGCGGCUCGCUGGUGGUGCUGCACUCGCAGGCGCUCUGCAUCCUCACGGCCGCAUCCAUCCUGCAGAUCAAGACCGUCAUCGACGAGUGUACGCAGAUCAUCUCUCAGCGACGUGCCGCAGCUGCCGCCGCUGCUGGAGGGACGGGGCCUCUAGGGGCCGCUCUUCCCAAGCAGGAGGAGGGUGGCGACGGGAAAGAAUGCGAGAGCGUGCAGCCACUGCAGGGCUUCACUUACGGCAUGCAGGGCAAUUGCGCGUCUGCGGCGGAAAUGGCGGCCGCUCUAAGCGGGGGGGCACCGGGGGAGGGUGGGGCCAUGGGCUCACUGAUGCCCCUUGCCGAGUUAGGUGGGGCAGGGCUGUGUCGAGAGGAGGGGCUGGGUAUGUCAGGGGGCGGGUCUAUGCUGAAGUCGACAAGCUGCUCACAGGAAAUCAACUACAUGUUGAACACGAGCGCGGAAUGCAGUGCAAAUGUUGCCGCUGCAAACGAGCGUGCUCAGAUCGUCUCUCCGCCUGGGAUGGGCCGCGGCGGGGGGGUGGAGUACAGUGGCGGGGGGGAGGAACUAGUGGGGAGCAUGGACAGAUUCAGUGAAGAGGAUGAGCGAGAGGGAGAAAGAGAGAGAGAGACAGACAGAGAGAGAGCUGCAGCGCACACACGCAAACAGAGACAGCCGCUCAGACUGCAGGUGUUGGGGGGGGAGGAGGUGGUGGUGAAGAAUGAGGGGGUGCAGGAAGGGGAGGGGCUGUUUGAGAUGGACGAGAGAGGGAACGCAUCACACCAGCACACCUAUGGACAGGGCGGGUUCUUUGAGGAGUCUGGUGUGUUCUCUGGUGGUUUUUGGUCUCAGGCGGAUCCGCAGGCAUCUCUGGGUUCAAACUCUCGUGGUCGAGUCAACAAACCGCUCUCGCCCCCGCCGACAACACAGAGCCUCAGCAACCAGAUGCUUUUUCAGUUUCCUGCUAGCGAAUCACAGUCCUCCUCCUUCUAUGUGGGCGGGCCAAUGGUGAUUGACAACAUGUCUGAUUCAUGUCAGCAGGCCCAGCCCCCUGCCCCGCUGACCCCAGCUCCACCCCCCUCCUCCCCAGCAUGCAUCGCGGGUCCGAGUUUUGCCCCGCAGGGAUCCGAGUCGUUCGACUGCAGCCACUGUGGAAAAUCACUGCGCUCGCGCAAGAACUACAGCAAACACAUGUUCAUCCACUCCGUGUUUUCAAGGACUCAUCAGAAAACAGACGGACCUCAGGACCAGAAGAGCACGUUUAUUACCUCCAUUUUUAUUUCAUCAACCUCCAUUUUUACAUUUUUUAUCAAGUAUAUGCAUACAUUUUGAUGAUAUUUUUAUGGUUAAACGAUACGUAAGAGUUUUAUGUUGUGCUUAAAUGCUGUGUGUUUGUGGGAGUUUCUCUUCAUUAUGGGCUGAAAUAUUGUAUUCUGCUUUGGUUUCUGUAUCCGGCAUGCGCUCGCUUUACGCUGCAUGAAGACGCAUUAAAUGCAUUGUGAUAUUCACAACGUCUUGUUGUGUUUAUUUGUUCAAAUGGCCAGAUUAUGAACUAUUAAAUAUUGCGUGAUGAUUAUCAUAUGUGAAUUGCAUGGCAGAUGUGUGAUUUGAUGAAUGAAACUGUACAGACAUGUUUAUAGAAAUAUAGAGAGUUAACUCUGAUGGUGCUGCUGAAUAUUUUACUCCAAUAUAUCUAAUAAAAUUAGGUUGCCAUGACAGACUAGAGAUGUACAGUGAUAUACAGAUCAUUUAUGCUUUUAAAGUCGAGUCAAAGAGAAGAUGCUCUAAAUAAAUAUUGGACGAGUAUUUAAAUACUCAAAUGAAAAUUUACAUCGUUAAUGAAAGGCGAAACUGUUUGUGCUUGAUAUUUUAGGUAUAAAUCCGUAAUAUGGGUCAAUAUCAUAAUAAUGUUUUUGGCCAGAAAUACAUUUUAUAACAGUAUGUGGCACAAAUCGAAAUCGAAAUUCAAUGAAUGCAAGAUGACCUUCUUACAUUUGUCUAAACGUGCAACAGACUCGAUCUGUGUGCAAAUGUAAAAGUUAAUGAUCAUAAGAGUUUCUGGCUCAUUUACUUGCAUUCAUUCAUCAAUCU